AUGUGCACCCAGCCUGUUGCAACGGCGAAGAAGAAGGCGGAAGAAGAAGAGAGGCCAUGGAAAUGUUGCGACUUUGCUCUGUGCACCAGGUCGUUCCCGCCGAUGUGCCGCUGCAUGGACAAGGUCGAGCAGUGCGCUGCGACCUGUGAGAAAUGCGAGCCGGCCACGUCGGACUCAUCCCAGCGCGUCUGCAACGACUGGUACCAUGGCUUCCCGGGACCCAUGUGCUCCGAGCCUGUUGCAACAGCGAAGAAGGGGGAAGAGGAAGAGAGGCCAUGGAAAUGCUGCGACUUGGCUCUGUGCACCAGGUCGUUCCCGCCGAUGUGCCGCUGCGUGGACAAGGUCGAGCAGUGUGCUGCAACCUGCAAGAAAUGCGAGCCGGCCACGUCGGACUCAUCCCGCCGCGUCUGCAACGACUGGUACCACGGCUUCCCGGGGGCCAAGUGCACCGCCGGCGCCCUCCUCAUCGCCGGCCACCCCUCCGUCGCCGACGAGGCGAGCGCCAUUCUCCUGCCAAGCCAAGACAAAGACCAAGUGGUCAUGGCGACACCCAGGCCGUGGAAGUGCUGCGACGUGACCGUCUGCACCAGGUCGAUCCCGCCGACGUGCAGCUGCCAGGACGUGGUCGACAACUGUGCUCCAACCUGCGAGGACUGCAAUGGUUAUGUGCACCCACCCCGCCGCGUUUGCCUAGACCGUUACACCGGCGACCCCGGGCCCAGGUGCACGGACGCCGGCGCCGGCGGUAACUGA